UCGGCGCGGGCGCCCUCCCGGCCAGUAGCGGCAGCCCCCCCCCCCAGCUCCCGCGGGACCCUCGCAGCGCCCGCGGUAGUGGCGGCCUGCCUACGCCCACCUGGAGCCAUGAGCGAGUGCCGCCGGGACAGCACGAGCAGCCUGCAGCGCAAGAAGCCGCCCUGGCUGAAGCUGGACAUUCCCGCCGUGGCGCCCCCGGCGGCGGAGGAGCCCAGCGUUCUGCAGGUAGGCCCUGGCCAGCGCGGGCUGAAUGCGGCCCCUGCGUGGCCCCCUCACCGGGACCCUGUUGCCCAGCCCCUGAGGCGCCAGGCUUUCCUGCGAAGUGUGAGCAUGCCUGCGGAGACGGCGCACGUGCCCUGCGCUCACCCUGAGCCCCGGCGGCCUGUGCUGCAGCGCCAGGCCUCCAUCACUCAGACCAUCCGCAGGGGCACAGCCGACUGGUUCGGCGUGAGCAAGGACAGCGACAGCACCCAGAAGUGGCAGCGCAAGAGCAUCCGUCACUGCAGCCAGCGCUACGGGAAGCUGAAGCCCCAGGUCAUCAGGGAGCUGGACCUGCCCAGCCAGGACAACGUGUCACUGACCAGCACUGAGACCCCCCCGCCGCUCUACGUGGGGCCGUGCCAGCUGGGCAUGCAGAAGAUCAUAGACCCCCUGGCCCGGGGGCGGGCGUUCCGCGUGGCUGACGACACCGCGGACGGCCUGAGUGCCCCGCACACUCCCAUCACGCCGGGGGCUGCCUCCCUCUGCUCCUUCUCCAGCUCCCGCUCAGGUUUCAGCCGGCUCCCCCGGAGGCGCAAGCGGGAGUCGGUGGCCAAGAUGAGCUUCAGGGCCGCCGCCGCUUUGGUGAAGGGGCGCUCCAUUAGGGACAGCACCCUGCGCCGGGCACAGCGCCGCAGCUUCACGCCGGCCAGCUUCCUGGAGGAGGACACGGCAGACUUCCCUGACGAGCUGGACACGUCCUUCUUUGCCCGGGAAGGUGUCCUCCACGAGGAGCUGUCCACGUACCCGGACGAGGUGUUCGAGUCCCCGUCAGAGGCCGCACUCAAGGACUGGGAGAAGGCCCCGGAGCAGGCGGAGCUCACCGGCGGGGCCCUGGACCGCAGUGAGCUGGAGCGCAGCCAUCUGAUGCUGCCCCUGGAGCGAGGGUGGCGGAAGCAGAAGGAUGGUGGUGCUGCUGCCCCACAGCCCAAGGUGCGGCUUCGGCAGGAGGUAGUGAGCCCACCCGGGGCGCGGCGCGGCCAGCGCAUCGCCGUGCCGGUGCGCAAGCUCUUCGCCCGGGAGAAGCGGCCCUACGGCCUGGGCAUGGUGGGCCGGCUCACCAACCGCACCUACCGCAAGCGCAUCGACAGCUACGUCAGGCGCCAGAUCGAGGACAUGGACGACCACAGGCCCUUCUUCACCUACUGGCUCACCUUCGUACACUCGCUGGUCACCAUCCUCGCCGUGUGCAUCUACGGCAUCGCGCCCGUGGGCUUCUCACAGCACGAGACCGUGGACUCGGUGCUUCGGAACCGCGGCGUCUAUGAGAACGUGAAGUACGUGCAGCAGGAGAACUUCUGGAUCGGGCCCAGCUCGGAGGCCCUCAUUCACCUGGGUGCCAAGUUCUCACCGUGCAUGCGCCAGGACCCGCAGGUGCACAGCUUCAUCCGUGCCGCGCGGGAGCGCGAGAAGCACUCGGCGUGCUGCGUGCGCAACGACCGCUCCGGCUGUGUGCAGACCUCGGAGGAGGAGUGCUCGUCCACACUUGCAGUUUGGGUGAAGUGGCCCAUUCAUCCUAGUGCCCCGGACCUUGCUGGCCAGAAGAGGCAGUUUGGCUCUGUCUGCCACCAGGACCCCAGGGUGUGUGACGAGCCCUCCUCUGAGGACCCCCAUGAGUGGCCAGAAGACAUCACCAAGUGGCCGAUCUGCGCAAAGAGCAGUGCUGGCAACCACACCAACCAUCCGCACAUGGACUGUGUCCUAACAGGCCGGCCCUGCUGCAUUGGCACCAAGGGCAGGUGUGAGAUCACCUCCCGGGAGUACUGUGACUUCAUGAGAGGCUAUUUCCACGAGGAGGCCACCCUGUGCUCCCAGGUGCACUGCAUGGAUGACGUGUGUGGGCUCCUGCCCUUCCUCAACCCCGAGGUGCCCGACCAGUUCUACCGCCUGUGGCUGUCCCUCUUCUUGCACGCAGGGAUCCUGCACUGCCUGGUGUCCGUCUGCUUCCAGAUGACGGUGCUGCGGGACCUGGAGAAGUUGGCGGGUUGGCACCGCAUUGCCAUCAUCUACCUGCUGAGCGGUGUCACUGGCAACCUGGCUAGUGCCAUCUUCCUGCCAUACCGGGCAGAGGUGGGCCCGGCCGGCUCUCAGUUUGGCAUCCUGGCCUGCCUCUUCGUGGAGCUCUUCCAGAGCUGGCAGAUCCUGGCGCGGCCCUGGCGAGCCUUCUUCAAGCUGCUGGCCGUGGUGCUCUUCCUGUUCACCUUCGGGCUGCUGCCCUGGAUCGACAACUUUGCACACGUCUCCGGCUUCGUCAGCGGCCUCUUCCUCUCCUUUGCCUUCCUGCCCUACAUCAGCUUCGGCAAGUUUGACCUGUACCGCAAGCGGUGCCAGAUCAUUGUCUUCCAGGUGGUCUUCCUGGGCCUCCUGGCCGGCCUGGUGGUCCUCUUCUACUUCUACCCCGUGCGCUGUGAGUGGUGCGAGUUCCUCACCUGCAUCCCCUUCACCGACAAGUUCUGUGAGAAGUACGAGCUGGACGCUCAGCUCCACUGAGCUGGCUGUGGGCGCUGGCGGCCCCGUGCACCAGCGGGCUGCAGCUGGGCAGUAUUGACCCCUGAGCCCUAGGAGACGGCCUGCUGGGUGCAGGGCCCUGCGUUUCCUGAACACAGACCGCCUGUGCCUGGUUCGUGCCUGUUGAACUGAACACAGACCGCCUGUACCUUGUUUGCGCCUGUUGAACUGGACACAGACCGCCUGUGCCUGGUUCGUGCCUGUUGAACUGGACACAGACCGCCUGUGCCUUGUUUGCGCCUGUUGAACUGAACAGACUGCCUGUGCCUCAUUCGCGCCUGUUGAAGCCUCCGCACUGCCGGUGCUCACUGUCCGCGUCCCUGUGAUAACCGUCUAACCAGUCCUUCGACGACCACCUCACGUGGCCAAUAAACGUACCGGGAGCGUUUUAGCUGCCAGUGACUCGACUGAGGCGUCUCCUCCUUCCUGGCGUCUGGCU